AUGAAUCGCGAAGUUAAGGUCGUAUUAUUAGGAGAUUCAGGAGUAGGCAAGAGUUCGAUUGUGUUAAGAUUCUGUUCAGAUAUAUUUAAAGUCACUCAUGAAUCAACUUUAGGAGCAGCUUUUAUGGCUAGAACAAUAGAAGUCAAUGGAAUCAAUUUUAAAUUUCAGAUUUGGGAUACUGCUGGUUAAGAAAAAUACAAAUCCCUCACUCCAUUGUAUUAUAGAGGUUUUGUGCUCAUAUAUUUUUAGAGGCUUAAGUUGCAUUGAUAGUUUAUGAUAUUACACAUAAGGAUUCCUUUGAUGUACUUAAAUCAUGGGUAAACGAAUUAAAAGCUCAUGGCCCAAAAAAGAUAGGUAUAAUCUCUUAUUUCAUUUUUAGUCUAAGUUCUUGUAGGAAAUAAAAAUGAUUUGAUUGAAGAUGAAAAAGUUUCCUAUGAUGAAGCAAACAAUUAUGCUUAAGUAUUAAGAAAUACUUAUUCUAGCAAAUUGGAGCUUCUCUCAAGCUCACCAGUUGUAAAGAGAAUAAGGGUAUCUAAGAAUUGUUUGUCUCGAUUGCUGAGCAGAUCUUAUAUGAAGAAUAAAAUAAAAUAGUUGAAGGUAAGAAACCAGAAAAGCCAUAAAAUCCCAGUGUCAGAGUUACUACAGAUGAUUAAAAUAAAAAAAAGAAAAAAGAAGGAGGAUGCUGUUGA